GGGUGUUGAUGGUGAUGUUAAUGAUAAUCACGAGGAUGAUGAAGACGAAUAUGAAGAUGAUGAUGAAGAUGUUCCAGGUCAGAUAUAAUUACUACAUACACUCACUACAGUCGUUUGUGUUCGGGGAUAAACACACGCCAGAAGUUACAUGGUUUGGUUUGAAUAUUCUCACUCCAAGUAUUUCAUACCGAACGUUUUGUUCGAAUAAAAUAUUCGGACAGUUUGGUUUGAACACAUUCAUACCAAAAGUUUGGAUUGAACAUUUUCAUUCUAAAACUUUGAUUUGAAUAUUUUAAUUUCAAGAGCAGCACUUUGGAGUUUUGUAGAUUCUGUAUAUCCUCGAUACCUUUUUUGUACAUAAAUUAUUAGAUCAUCAUGCAUUCAAACUACUAUGUUCUGUGUAUUCUAUUUUAGACGAAUUAAAGUUGGAUUACGUCGACGAGAAAACAGGAGAACCAUCACCACGGUAGGGUAAUUUGAACUGGAUUAUUUUCCCUUCUUGAAUUCAUACACAUAUUUGGCAGUUAAUUCCUAUAAUACAUGCAUACAAUAUACUUUACUGUUUAUUGCACUAUUUCCCCAAUGUCCUCGUUUGCAUGUUAACAUGGCAGGCGCACAUGAAGGAAAACGAUGAAAACGAGACCAUUAGAGCAAGAGAGCAGCAAACAAUACAGACUAUUAAAGUUGUUUUCACACCAUUGUCAUACGUGCGCACGACAAACUAUGUACUAUAACAAUUGUAUUGUAUAGCUUCAUGCAAUUAACUUAUUUCUUCCAGACCUAACUCCCACGCGAAACUUGGAAAAAAGUUAAGCAGAAACCAUGGACCAAUUGUUACCAACACUACUUUGAAUGUUUUACGAUUGUUUGGUAAGAAAAAAAAUAUUUGGGAAACGGGAGAAGUGGGAGAAAUGUUUUAAACGGGAACACUUUUUACUUCAAUUGAAGUAAAAAGUGUUCCCGUUUGCGCGCGUGUAUCCUAUAUUAGUAUAUAAGAUUAAUGAAUAAUUGGCCAGCAGGUGAUUCAUCAAUCUGUAUUGCCAUCAUUCACUUAAUUUUAUGUGAUAAUUUGAUAUUGGGCUAGGCGCGAGCAUAUGAAUUACGUGGCCAAUGUAAUAAAAGUGUUGAUGUGACAACACCACGCAAAUUUAUUAUUUGCAGUUAUAUAUUAUUUUGGUCGCCAUUAUUUUGGUCGCGACAAAAUGGAAACCAGGCUGAGACGUGAUUUUUUCAUAACGUGACUACAUGAAUUAUGACCAGAGUCUUUUUGUGUAACUGUGAUGUAUCCAAACUGUAAAGAAAGUGUUUGCCCUGACAUUUGAAUUUUUUUAAUUUCAGGAAAGUACAUGCAAAUGAUGAAUGUUUUGAAACCUAUCGCGUUUGAUGUUGUUAUUUGUGUUUCGCAGCUUUUUGACUAUUAUCUCUUUGCUGUAAGUACGUGAAUCCUGAUAUUGCAUUUGAGACAUGAAAUAUAAAAUUGUUUUACUUUCGCCAUAAUUGUGUUACUAUGUAAUGAAUACCGGAUUGGUACGCGUGUGCUUUCGAAGAGCUGGUAUACAUCUAUAGAAAGUGUAAAAAUUGUAUAUCGAUUUGCAACUGGUGUAUUAGAACGCUUUAAACAACCAUCUUUAAGCCUGGUUCACAUAUACCUGCGGCAUGCCUGCGACUAUAUCAUUAUGCCUCUACUUGCCGCCGAAAUACCGGCAAAGUUGAACUCAACUCAACUUUCCCGGCCUACCGCCGAUGUAACUGUGGCACUGGAGGCAAUCGGCGAACAAAUGUUCACAUAAUUUACGUUUUAAAGCUACUACCGGCAUCGUCGCAGGUACGUCGCAGGCACGUCGCAGGCACAUAUGUGAACCAGGCUUUAUUUAGUGCACGCGUAAAAAUCUCACAGCUUGUCAACAACAUGUGUUCGCACUGCUUGUUCUCAGGUGUCGACAAGUGUGGAACAAGUUGUUAUCAUUGUUGUUAUCAGUUUCAAGGUUGAUGAGACGAACAGGCUCGAAACAAGUUGUUUGAACAAGUUUGAUAUUGUCUGCACGUUGUUAACAAGGUGAUGACAACAAUCUCGUAACAACUUGGCUCAUGGAACAACUUGUAGCAAGUCUGUUACCAUUAGGAAGUUUAAGCUUCACGUUUCCGGGAACGGAAAACGACAGGUUCGAAUUUUCUUCGCAAAACUUUCGUUGAACGUUUUCGUUUCAUAUUUUAUUUCUUGCGUCAAAAGAAUAAUUAUGUAUUUCAGUUUUUUAUGUGUGUUAAAUAUUUCCGCGCAAAGGACAAGAUAUCUGUUUUCUUGGGCUAAGAACCGAAAUUUGGCAUUAAAAAAUGAGAUAAAGUCCCUGGAAAGCAAUAGCAACGUACUCGUCCGGAAAAAUUUGUUAUUCCAGAAAACAUUUUUACCCCUAAAAUGGUACACUGACCGAAAAUUUUUUGGCGACGGGGGGGAGGUUGUUCUCCGGAAAAAAAAUUUUCCAGAAAAAUUUUUUUGAUAGGGGGGGCCAAAAAAUUUUUCAUUGCCUGGCGUUUGCCGUUUCAUUGCCGUAUACCGCGAAGCCUAAACUCCCUAUUAUCAAUACCUUGUAACAAGGUGCAUGACAACAAACACAACAACUGGAAACAAGCAGUGCGAACAAAUCCUCGGUGUUAGCAAUAGGAUUUUAGAUUUUUGGAGUGUUUCUAAAUUUCCAGGGUGUGUACCUGCAUGCCAAUUACCCAUGAGAAUAGCUAAAUGCACGGUUCCAGUUAUGCUCAGAAACAUUAGACUAUGCCUGUGGUUAUUCUGAUGCGACCAAAUGCAAGACCUACAUAUAUGCUCAUAUUCCAUUAUGAGGACUCUUAUUCUAUUUCGUCACCAAUAUACAGUUGCCAUUACACGCCUGUAUCCAUCUAAACAUAAAAACCUCAACGAUCACUUUAUCAAUUUUCACAAACUAAAUUGCACAAAUUUAUAAAUAUAGGAGCAAAUUCUGUCUGUUAUAAGUAGCAACACUCUAUUUAUAAGCCUAUACGGCUUUGUAUAAAUAUCAAGCCAUGCCAUAUUUUUCCCUUUCUUGCAUGUCAUGCUAACAUCUUGUCGUGCUAACACGACCUUUUAGCUAAGACCCUGAUCAUGUGUACAGUCAAUAGACACUGAAUUAUCUUGAAUUGUUUACUCUCACGCAGGUUCAAAGAUUUUUCUGUCCUAAUGUUAUGGUAAGUUGUGGUUUAUUUGUGAAUUACUUGUCAAUAUUUUUCAAAGGUGGGCGCUCUCAUAUAACUAAUUUCAUAAAUUAUACGGAGAUUUUUGUAAGUACUGUCAAUAUAGAAAUGUUAAAGAUUACAGCAUGUGAGGUGUUCGUCCCCCUGUGAAGGAUUUGCGCAAAGGAUUUAGCGAAACUUGUGUGCUUUUAAUAAAUAUAGAUAUAGUGUUUUAAAUUAUUAGAGUUAAAACAUGAUCUAAUAAAUUCAAUAUCCUUUAUUUAAAGGUUUAUGGCAAUGAAAGUUAAACUUGUCUCAUUUGAUAGAACUUUCAAACUUCUAUAUUUUUACCGACUUUUGUUAUUAUUAAACAAACGGUUUCAUAUCUUCUUGAAAACAAUGUGCUGUCUGCCAUCUUGGAUUAUAGUUUUUGAUCUUAUUAACGAUGGUUUUAGUGACGUCAAAAGCAGGGUUAGCAUGCAUAUAAAACCACUUCCGGGUUUCCAAAUAACAUUUAGUAGAUGGUUAAAAUGUUGUCAGUCAAUUUGGUAUUUGAAGUAGUGACCGAAGCACAGACCGAAGUAUAAUUUUGGGCUCAUAAUGACCAUUGCAUAUCUGUGUAAAAUAUAUGCGCAGCUGUGCUUGUGACGUAUCCACAAUAAUUCAAGAUGGCAGACAGCUAAACCUAUUUGUGACGAUUUCAAUUUUCAGUCAAAAUAUUUCGACAGCUAAACAACAAUGAAGAAUCUGUAAAAAGGGUUUUACUGUUUAUAAAAUAGAGAUUUUUAAUUUCUGCGUUUUGACUGGAAUGCAGAAUGAAUCUUAUUAAGGUACAGUAAUGUAUAGGCACUAUAUAAAUAUCAUCACUAUCGUUAUGUUUUUGAUAUUUGGUGUUUUAGGAUGAAUCAAAGACGCCAGAUCUCAGCACCAAGUUGUUUACAUCUCUUAAACGUAUUAAGGAAAACUUAAUUAUAGACGUAAGUGCAGCACUCCCUGUUAUUUGGGUUCCACCUUGGUGUUGAUACCCGACACUCAAGUUAAAUAUAAAUUUAAACCGAUGAUUUACUCUAUAUAUUCUAUAUAUUGAAAUGAAAUGAAAAAUAUUAUAUAAUUUAACUACAUAACUUGAAUUUAUUUAGGACUACUCAUCAUCUGACGCCACAGCUGGUGAUGAUAUGAGGGUAUGUAAUGCACCUUUUCGAGGUUCGUGACGUUACCUUGCCAAGUGGGGAAAACGCAAUAGAGCAACAAUACCAUGACCCAAGGGACAAGUUUCUAUUGGGAUGAAGCAACGGUUUUACCAUUGUGGUACCCCCACUUUGCCAGAAGGCAUCGCGAAUCCCGAAGAGGCGUAUUGUAUAGUUCAUUCAUUAUAGUUAUAGCGCAUGCUUCGACCCAUUCCAACAUUGUUCGUCCAGAGUGAAACCUGACCAACAUCAGCCAAUAUUACCAAACACAAUGUUCAAACAGAUCUGACAAUAUUGCAUCCAACAUAUUGCAUUCAAAAGUCUUUGUUAUACAAAUGAAAAUGCCCUUUAGCAUGGGGAAUUAAAUUCUUUGCAUGGUAAGCUAAAUUCGUCGCAUAGCACCUUGCAUACUAAGACGUUGUUCAUAUAGAGCCGGGCUUGCCCGGUUAACUGGAAUGAUUCAUUUAAUAAAGCUCUUAUCACGCUUUGAUAAACAUCCAAAAUGUUUAUCAACUUGGUUUGAUUCCAAUAUAAAGUUUAUUCAAACGAUCUUUUACGGUCAGGAAAAAAAAUUCGUGACGGGUUCAUCCCUGCUGGCCAGACUCGUAUGAACAGCUCAUAGGAACAGCUCCUAACAGUGCUAUCCAGUCACGCUCCAGCGAACGGAAUGUUCCAUUGUCUUCUCAUUGUUUUGAUAAUCUCAUUGUUCUCCACACCAUCCGCUCAUUGAUUGUUUCGACUAAUUUUAGUAUUUACAAAGGAGUAAUUGGUUAUAUUUUCAGGUGCCUUCUCCAUGUCUUUCUCCUUUAACUCAAUUAGACAAAGUGGAAGGAUUGUUUGGACUAUCUGAAAGAAUUAUCGCCACUGAAUCAUUGUAAGUACAACGUAUUCCAACCAUGUAUCGUAUUUCACCUCGAUCUACUCCCAAUUUCAUUCAGUCUUUCGACAAUCAUGCCACGUAUACAUUAUUGGCCUGGCAGCCUGGGUAAUUUAGAUUGAAGGCAACACCGUAAUUUUAUAUUAAUUUUUCUGGUAUCUUUGAGGAAGGGGUUAUUGGAGAGGGCGGCUAUUAUUUAUUUAUAUGCACGAUACAAUGUAUGUUGAGCAUUGGAAAUAUGAUCAAAACACAGAUGCUUUUGUACGUGUGAAUAGGGGAGCUUAAUAGAGAGAGAGGGGUGGCUUAAUAUAUUUCACCUACAAAGGAGGCUUAUUAGAGAGGGGACUUGUUUGAGCCCUCUCAAUAAAUAGAGGAGGCUUAAUAGAGAAGGAGGCUUAAUAGAGAUGGAGCGAAAUAAAUUUUCGUGAUGCUUUGGUUUACGAAAGAGCAACAACAACAAUACUGUACAAUAAUGAAUGAUUGCUUAUUUUCAUUUUCAGAGUAUUUUUAGCAAAGCAAUUUGAAUCCUUACAGCCUCAUUUAGAAUCACUUAUUCCAAUGGCUAAGAGGGCAUUUCUCUCUCAGUUUUAUUCUCAGGUAAGAAUGUAAGUUUUCAUUUGAGAGUAAUUAGAUUAUUUUUACUUGCUUUGUCGUUACACCCGUUUUCAAAAUAAAGCGACAGCUGAGAUAGAGAGCUUUAGAUUUUACUACAGUAACACUACGCGAUGUGUUGUUUACGCAUGCUCGCCAUCUUCUUACGCCAUUAUGUACCCUCUACAAUCUCGUAUAGUAGAUGCUUGUUUUACUAUACAAGAGACUUUUUAAGUAUCCCGCGUUGCCAAUACGGAGAAUACGGUGUAUCCAAAUAAACGAAUCUUGUAGUCGUACUCGUAGUAAAAUCUAAAACAUUCUGUUAUCUACAUGCAUGCAGGCUUUAUGUUAAUCCGAAAUUCAAACUUCUUACAGCUAGUUAUGUAACCAUCAAUUAUUCUCAAGAUUUUAGUGAUAAUUAUUACAAAAUUUAAGAAAAACAAAAUAUUAUAUAACCGCUAUAUAGUCCAGCGCAAGGGAUUUUGGUACACAGUUACAUUGUUCUUUUUCAAACUUUCAAAGUCAUUCACAAAAUAGAUUAAUGUUGUGAAUUGUGAUGGUUUGUUGUUUCUUUUUAUUUUGUAUAACGUUUAGCCUGCAUAGCGGGAGGGGCGAGAAAUAGGUAUUAAAUACGGUAUUAAAUUAAAACACGAUAUCAAUAAUAUUAAUGAUGUGUACAAAGAGUUUAAAACGUUAAACGUAUAUUCCAGACUGUUUCUACGGCGCAUGAAUUGAGAAGACCAAUAUACCAAGCUGUUGCUGGCAGAGUGGUUGAUUUCAACAUGGUAAUAUCUUAUUUUUCGAUUUUAUAAAGAUAAAUGUAUUAUAAUUAGUGAUUAGCAAGCAAAAUCGGCUGGAGGUGCGCAAAGUAAAAUACUACGUGUAACAUAUACUUGAUUGCGUCAUGACCGAGAAAGAAGAGUUUUUUGUGACGUCACAAAAUGUAAAACUCUUCUCGGGCCAUUGAGCCCUCACCUCAGCCCUACCUAUGUCCGUAUAUUUAUUGGCAUGCAGUACUGUAGCAAUAACAGAGAGCUUAAGGAAGCGACGUUUUUGAUUCAGCCAGUCCGCUUACGAGAGGAAUUCACCCCCCCCCCCCAACCCCCUGAACAUGCACCAUUUUGAAUAUUUUCAGAGGGGUUGAAUGCCUCUCGUAAGCGCACUGGCUAGCAACAUGGCGACAGCAUUGUAACGGUUACACCAAAGUCAUAGGCAAAACCAAGAAAUCGGCCUUCUGUACAGUUCCUAUUCUGUGUCGGUGUUGUCGUAAAGGCUUAAAAGCUUUCUAGUAACAGUAAGGACGCCAAAACCAGGAGGAGCAAGGGAGCUAAAUGUGUUCUUUUCAUUUAGGGAAAUAUUUUUAUAAAAUAACAUGUAUAUAACGCGUGUUCUGAUUGGUCAAAAGCCGUGUUUGGAUCAGGCCAUCCAAACACGGAAGACUAUCGUGUUGUUGUUAUUUUAUAAAACAAUUACUUUAUGGUUUCCGUGUUUGGAUGGACUGAUCCAAACGCUUGGGAAUGUUGCUCGAGUUAAGAAAAGCGGGCAAAAUCACUCGCCUUCGGCUCGUGAUUUCGCUCGCUUUUCUUAACUCUCGCAACAUUCCCGCGUGUUUGGAUCAGGCCAUCCAAACACGGAAACCAUAAAGUAAUUGUAUAGUUACAAUUUUUAAAUAAUCAUUACGUGAAAAUAUCGCACAGCUGAGCUAUAUAAAUAAUAAAGAAAAUGGAUUUACGUUGAUCAAAUAUAGAAAAGCAUGUAGGGAAUAGUGUAGGGAAUAGUGCGUGGAAAGUGUCUGAUUAAGGUUUCGUUCCAAGCACAUGCAGGUUUUUCUACAAAUAAAAGUACGACUUUUUCAGUUAAAUUUGGAAAAUUUACUUGGUUUAGUUUGAUCUUUUUACGAACAUCCAUCAAUGGUAAUUUUUAACAUUAAAGUUCUAAUUCAGGUAAAAAUCCUUUGACACAGUACACCCCAGCUCCAGAUACUUCUCAACAUUCCUGAAUAUAUAUAAAUUAAAACGUGGCCCUCUACGGCGUCUCUCAAUAAACCAGAAGCCUAUCAGUAUAGUAGCCUGUGUACAGACUGUACAGUAUGGCUAUCAGUAGAGUUGCUUGCCUCCAACAUGUGUUUCCAGUGUGACCAGGUUUAGUACAUUUUAUUACCAGAUCCGGUUGGAUGCCCUUAGACAACCCCACCUGCUUUAAACAACUGCAACAUUAAGAACAGGAGGGGGCAGCCAACCAAUUUUAAGCAGCUUUAGUAACUGUCUUGAUUCAGAUUAUUUUCAUUGAAUCAUAUUUCAUUUGGUUUAGAUCAUUAAUUUCAUGUCAAAUGUGAAAUGGGACAUCAAGGAAAUCAUGUCAGAACACAAUACAUACGUAGAUAUGUUACUUAGAGUAAGUAUACCACAAAAGGAAAGUUCCCCUAACUACUUCCACUAAAGCCUGAAAUGUCAUGCGUUCUUCCACAUAAAUUCCACAUUAACAAUUUCCUCAUAAUGACACAGAAUGUUUAGUAUACACUAUAUACACUUAUGUGAAGUUUGGUAUCAUCCAUGAUUGAAUGCCCAUUUUAAAAUUUACAAACGAAGCAAAGUAUGUCUAAGCAGCCGUAUUCACUACACGUAUCAAAUGCAGAAUUAUCGAAUUUCCAAAUGUUGCUUUGGAUUGUCCACUACAAGUCCUUCUGCCGACGACGGACUUUCGCUCGAAACGUCGAAGUUUUACUUUAGGUAAAUGAUUUCCUCAAUUUUCUGGUGCUUUUGUCACUACGUACUUUCAACAGUAUAGUAAUAACAAAUGAAUAUUAAAUUAAUAGUACAAUCAUGUAGUUUUUGUAUGACGUUGCAGGAUGGUGUUCGGAAAUGUGAGUGUUGACUGUCGUCCCCCCCCCCCCCCAAAAAAAAAUAAAUAAAACGAGUUUUAGACAAAAGGCAUUCGCUCAUAUAUUGUACACAUGCCUCAUAUGAAAAUAUCUUUCUUUUUUAGGAAUUGCAAUUGUUUAGCAUGAGGAUCUCGCAAAUUGGCAGGUAAAGCCAGUUAGGGUUUUAUAUACAAGUUAUAAAUUGUAACACAUUUGUUACUAGCAUACAGUAUAUUUUGCUAAAAUGCUCCCGUAUCUUGUCCCGCGGCAGUUGUAUUUCACAUAAGGUCACGCUUACGUUUUUUUGUAGUUUUGUAUAUGCUUCAUAUGUGCCCCUGAUGAUUUUACUCCAUCGUCAAGGUUUGGACUUGCGCCUUAUUUUGUGUAAACUUAUUUAGAUCAAUUCCGAUUCCUAAUGAAGUGUUAACAAUUUUAUGGGAUCAUUGUACUCGCAGAGUAAACAGGUCCUUCGUUGAAGGGUAAGUUUCGCGGAGAUUUAAUAUUUCAUCUAAUCAUCCCUUCUAAUUUCCGCUGCGUCGAUAGCUUUAAGCCGGGAUCAAUUAAGCGACAAGGUUGAGAGUUGACAGUCACAUGACCUUGGUUAGGUCUUCUUAAUGCUUUCCAAACACUAUCAUGUAUUGUAUUUAAGUUGAUACGUGGUUGGAACACUCAUCAAACCUUUAUUUUGUUGAUCUUGAAAUGUCCCCGUAACAAUGCGUGCCUGCCAACUCUUAUCAACUCUCAUCCUCGUUUGACCAGGGCUUUAGGUCAGUUUUCCACUUCGAGCGUACCGUACCGAAACGUAUCAAAAACAUUUUUAAAUUUCAAAAUUUGGUGAAUGUUGAUUGGUUAAUACUUCCGUAGACCGUAGUACGACAAAAACUUGAUAACGCGAAUACACCCGGAAGUACGUGAUUUAUUAACCUCUUUUCAAUCUGCGUAUGAUCACAAUACGUUUCGGUACGGUACGGUACGGUUGUAGUGGAAAACUGACUUUAUAAUGGAUAGAGCGAACCUGAAGAACUCCGCUCAUGGCAACAAAUUUUUCGUUGUUCUCUGGAAUAUCAGAAUUAAGACGAAAAGUUUUGAUGAUCCUGUAAGAGUUACCAAUGAGGUUCUUACGAGAUACAACCGUCAAAGUUCUUUGUUACAUUUAGUUCCAGCAAUUCUUGUUCCAAGCGCCUUCAUGUUAAUAGGAAUUAUAUACCAUCUAUGAUAUUUUUGGACGAAUUUAAUUUAUUGUAUUUAGGUUUUCGUGUGCAAAGAAAUGCAGCAACGAAGGAAGAGCUCUGAUGCAAUUGGAUUUUCAACAGUUUCUAAUAAAAUUGGAAAAACUAACGUCUUUAAGGUGCUACAUUAGUGCAGUAUGUGCUGUUUAGUCUUUCUUUUGAGUGCGGUCUUUUCUCAGAAGACAGUACAGUGUCUAGCAAUAUUUUGUAGUCAAAAUCCCGUUAGCCAUCCCCUCAGGCACCUCUAUCUGUAGCAGACAGCAGAAUUGCGCAAUAUUCUAUAGAGAGUGGUAACCCGGAAACGUGAGGUUAAUAAUUGAUUGGUGCAAGUCAUAUUACCAGCACGCCCCCUCUCCUGCGUUCUUUAUUAGGUUCCUCUUGACCUGCUCUCAAUUGCCUGCGGAGGCUUAUUGGUGGCCAUGUUUCUCGUUAGUCGUUAGAGCUAAGAAACAAUGAAACGUUGAUCUGUGCAUGCGCAUACCAGUAUUGUUUUUGUCUGCGCGAUUAACACAAAGCUGUAAAGAGUGCGUCGAAACUUCGUGUUUUGACUUCGAUCAAAAAAAUGUAUUUAGCGUGGGGAAGUUGAUGCGAACUGUUUAUGACUUUCAUGUAUUGGACGCCAACUUUCACUGAAUUUCUUACUCCAGAUAUUGCAUGUACUCGUAAAAAUUUCUGACAUCAAAUGUGUUUGCAACAGGUUUGCCAUCAAACUAUGUCAAUUUCGGUAUCAACAGCAAUGCUGUACUUCAAGAAGCCGAAACCAAGCAGUACAGACAGUGGGCAUGGUGCGAACGCAACCCCUUCAUUCAUUCUACAUUUUUUACUCCUUCCAGGCCUAUUCCAGAGAAAGAAUUUGUUGAAGCAUACGUCAAAGCUUAUUACUUAACGGAACCAGAUAUGGAAAGAUGGAUCCGAGAACACAAGGUUAAUUUUAAUCUGUUGUGCAUCUGUCAAUGUCACGUGCCAUAGUGCGUGUCAUAACAUGUUGCAUCAUUGCAUUAUCAGAUAAGGAAUGGUAAUGUGUGGGUGGAUGGACGUGGUCCACCGACCCCUGUGCUUUACAGUAAGUACUUUAUCUCAAAGACUAAGUACACCUUUAAUCUUGAGUUAGUACAAUUCAGCUCACGUACGCAACAAUAAUGAUUAUAGAGUCCCAGUGAGUUACAGAUAAAAAUUGCACCCUGCAUGGUAAUGACGUAAUAAUAUAUUCGUCUUCUUUUUGUCACAGGAAUAUUCAACGAAGCAACUCACCAGUCUAGUUAACUGUGGCACAGGUUCACACUUCAGUAAGAAAGCCAAGCAACGUUUAUUAAUUGUUAUAGAAGAGACCGAGAGAUUAAGAACUCGAUGAUAUGCAUCAACAUACCUGUAAGUCAAGGCAUACUGAGACGGUCUCAAAUUUUUGUAAUUCAAAAUCCGCGCUCAAUUCAGCGGUCUAUACAGGACACGAGGGAAAUUUCGCUCCAAAGUAGUUUUAAAUUUUUUUAUGAAUUUCAACAAUUUUAGAUUUUAUAUACAUUAGCAUGUGAUCUUUGUAGUCAAAUUUUCCUCGUUUAAUUUAAUACCGGCAAUACUGCGAAUGUUCCAUUGGAUAUGAACGAGUACAAUUUUUUAUAGCAGCCAGUGCAUCCAAGCUUUUAGAUGCUUUGUUAUACUGUAAAUUAAUCCUGUUUGAAGUUGUAGUGUUCAAUACUAUAUAUAAUAGUAAUAAAACCAAAAUUGUUUCCUAUGUUCGGGAACUAU